UAGGCUUGGCUACAAAUACACCGUGUUCUCCUCGCGCUCAGGUCAGACCAGAACAGAUUCACAUAAACACAAUAAAGCCGGAGGGACUUUCCGUCGUUUUUAACAGUCCUCAGAACAUGAGUAAAGACACAGAGAUCGACAUGGAGGAGGUGAAGCUGAAUGACAUGGCGGACCCCGAGAAGCAGCCCAUGACGGGGGACGGCCAGCCCCCCGCCGGCGAGAAGAACGGCAGCGUGAAGCUGAAGGUCCCCGAGGACGAGGUCACGUUCACCGGCCUCUCUAAGGAGGAGCUGAUGAAGGUUGCCGGCACGCCUGGGUGGGUGAGGACCCGCUGGGUGCUGCUGGUCCUGUUCUGGCUGGGCUGGGUCGGUAUGCUGGCCGGAGCCAUUGUGAUUAUAGUCCAAGCCCCUCGCUGCAAACCCAUUCCCGAGAUGAACUGGUGGAACGAAGGACCCAUGUAUCAGAUCUCUGACCUCGAGGCUUUUGCUGGUGGAAUGGAAGGUCUGGUGGAAAAGAUGGACCAGCUGACUCAGCUGAAGGUCAAAAGCCUGGUUCUCGGUCCUUUUCACACGGUGCAGGCRAACAACCCGGCGACCCUCGACUUCACGGCCAUCGACCCGACCCACGGGAAAAAGGAAACUCUGCGUUCUGUGCUGGAGAAGGCCCACAAGAAGGGUAUUUCCGUGGUGCUGGACCUGACCCCCAACUACCCGGGGUCUGAUCCAUGGUUCACUGGAAAUAACAACGAAGUGCUGGAGAAGCUGAAGACCGGAGCAGAGUACUGGCUGGGCUUUGGCAUCGACGGCAUCAAGGUGUCGGACCUCUCCCGGGCGUCGACCUUCACCGACUGGCCGACGCUCCGAGCAGCGGUGCAGGGCAACCGCACCGACGGAACCAAGAAGAGGGCUCUGAUGGGUGUAGUCACAGGUGAUCCAGCUCCAAACGUGUCUAAACUGGUCAACACCACUGGAGUGGACCUGGUCCUGCCCGACCUUCUCAGCUCAACCAAUGACGGUGUGCAGCGCAUCAGAGACGUGGACGCCCUUCACUCUCAGCAGAGAAGCGUGGGCUGGGGUCUCGGUGCCAGCAAACUGGAGCAGCUGUCCAAAGUGGCAACGUCUCCGGACCUGAUCCGGCUCUACCAGCUGCUGUUGUUCACGUUGCCUGGAACCCCCGUGUUUACGUACGGAGAUGAAAUCGGCCUUCAGGCAGGAGAUGGCACAGAAUCUCCUAAAAUGAUUUGGGAUCUGGAAAAAGAACCUGCUAAAGAUGCCCCCGUUGAUGAGGCAGCUGAGUCCAAUCGAACGGAGCACAUCGCAGUAAGAACCUGGUUCAAAUCCCUSAGUGACCUCCGAGGCAAAGAGCGAUCCCUGCUUCACGGAGACUACUACACUCUGAACUCUUCGGCCUCGUCGCUCGCGUUCCUCCGUGUCUGGGACCAGAGRGAAAGAUACAUAACUGCUGUUAACUGGGGAACACAACCAACAAAACUAAAACUGACCCUUCCGCCCACAGAUGAAGCAAAGUUGCCAGAGUCGGCGAAGGUGAAGAUGACGACAGAUACAGAUUUGAAAGAAGACUCUUCGGUCCACCUGGACUCCAUCACCUUAGGUUCUGAAAAGGCAGUCCUCCUGCAGUUCCCCUUUUCAGGCUGAAGAUGGAGCCAAACUCACAGGAAAGUCCCCCGCAGGUCCGGUCUGUCCACAAGAGGAUGUUUAACUUUUAGGAGCAAGGUUUUAUCUUUAAAACAUUAAGGAAAUUUAUUUCCUCAUUGCAGUAGAACCCUAACUGGGUCAUAAAAUUAGCCAUUAAAAACACUGGCCAACUUUUAAAAAUAUUUUUUGUUUUGUCAAAAAGUGACGAGUUAAUCUUUUAUUGACUUAUUGUCCAAAUGUUGAGGCAUUCCACGUGUUCUUUGGGCAUUCCUUUUAUUGUUUGGUUUUGGUUUUUACAAAAAAAGUUAUUUUUUCUUUUUUAGUCAUGGUUUUUCUUUUUGUUUUACAAGAAAACCUUUUUACUUUGAAACGACUCAAAGCGUGUGAAGAACAGAGCUGAAAACAAAUAAACUGGUCUGGACUGA